UCGCUUCACCCCUAGCUCGGUCUGCUCCCGAGCAUGGAGCUUGCCCAGCCGGCCUCCUCGUCGGGCCGCGAGGAGCCGGCGUCUGGGUCACAGUUCGGGGUCCAGGGAUCGGUGGGGCCCGACACGCCUGGCUGCUGGCCGGAGAAACACUCCUUGCCUUUCCUUUGGCCUGAUGAGCCCGAGGUGCCGGAUGCAUCUCACUGCUGGCUCGAAGAACCGGAGCAGCCGGACACACCUAGCUGCUGGCCAGAGGAGCCCGACGCAUGGUGCCGUCGGCCCAAGGUGCCGGAGGAGCCCUCUGCACCUCGCUGCAGGUCCGAGGAGCCCGGCGCACCCCGCUGCUGGUUGGAGGAUCCCGAAUUACCGUGCCAUCAUCGUCCCACGGAGACGGAGGAGCCCAGUGCUCCUGGCUGCUGGUCCGAGGAGCCAGAGGAGCCCUAUGCACCUCGCUGCUGGGCCGAAGAACCAGAGGAGGAGCCCGACGCACGGUGCCGCCGACCCAAAGAUUCAGAGGAGCCCAAUUCCCCUAGCUGUUGGGCCGAGGAACCUGAGGAGUCCGACGUACAGUGCCAUUGGCCCAAAGAUCCGGAGGAGUCCAAUACACCUCGCUGCUGGCCCGAGGAGACCUACCUGUCAUAUCUCUGGCCCGAGGAGCCUGAGGAACCCGACGCACCUUGCUCCUGGCCAGAGGGACCCAACGCACCAUACGUCUGCUCCGAAGAAUCGGAGGAGCCGGACGCACCUUGCAGCUGGCCGGGUGAGCUGGAGGAGCCCAAAGUCGCGUGUGACGGGCCUGAGGAGCUAGAGGAGCCCAAAGUACCGUGCUGCUGGCCAGAAGAGCCGCUUGACUGUGGCCCCAGGAGGGGCCUGUCGCUAAGGCCCUCGCCUGCGGCAGGUGAGCUGUUGCAGGCAUGUCCCGGGCCGCCUUCGGACUCGAACCCUGCACUGUCGCUGCCCAGCGAGUCCGGGACGGGUCAGGAUGAGGGCGCGCGCCUUCGGGCUGUGUUCGAAGCCCUGGACCGGGAUGGAGAUGGCUUCGUCCGCAUCGAGGACUUCAUCCAGUUCGCCACAGUCUACGGGGCGGAGCAGGUGAAGGACUUAACUCAGUACUUGGACCCGAGCGGGCUCGGCGUGAUCAGUUUCGAAGACUUCCACCAAGGGAUUAUGGCCAUUAAAAGUGGAGAUCCCGAUGGCCAGCUGUAUAGUGUCACACCUGCCCAGGAUGAGGAGUCCCCAGCCUGUGCUGAUGAGUUCGAUGACUUUGUCACCUACGAGGCCAAUGAAGUGACAGACAGCGCAUACAUGGGCUCUGAGAGCACAUACAGUGAGUGUGAGACCUUCACUGAUGAAGAUACCAGCACCCUUGUGCACCCUGAGCUGCAGCCUGAAGGAGACGCUGAUAGUGCGGGUGGUUCAGCUGUGCCCUCAGAGUGCCUCGACACCAUGGAGGAGUCUGACCAUGGCACACUGCUGCUGGUGCCUAGCAGAUCCCACCCCCGCAGCCAAGCUGUCGUCAUGGUGAUUGGUGGUGAGGAGCAUUUCGAGGACUACGGUGAGGGCAGCGAGGCGGAGCUGUCCCCAGAGACUCUCUGUAAUGGGGAGCUGGACUGCAGUGACCCAGCUUUUCUCACCCCCAGCUCUGACCCACUUGCCACAAAGCUGUGCAGCAUCCUCACUGAUGAGGCCUUUGAGUUUUACUGUAGCCAGUGCCACAAACAAAUCAACCGCCUUGAGGAUCUUUCUGCCCGCCUGACCGAUCUUGAGAUGAAUAGCCCAGCCAAGCGGCUUUCCAGCAGGAAGGUGGCAAGAUAUCUGCACCAGUCAGGAGCCCUGACUAUGGAGGCACUGGAGGACCCUCCCCCAGAGCCUGUGGAAGUCCCCGAGGAGGACAUUGCUGACAAGGUUGUCUUCCUGGAGAGGCGAGUGUCAGAACUGGAGAAGGACAGUGCAGCUGCCGGGGAGCAGCAUGGCCGGCUGAGGCAGGAGAACCUCCAGCUAGUGCACAGAGCCAAUGCCCUGGAGGAGCAGUUGAAGGAGCAGGAGCUAAGAGCCCAAGAAAGGGUCCUGGAGGAGACCCGGAAGCAGAAAGAACUCCUGUGCAAGAUGGAGCGUGAGAAGAGCAUCGAGAUAGAGAACCUUCAGGCCAGGCUGCAGCAGCUGGACGAGGAGAACAGUGAGCUGCGGUCCUGCACACCCUGUCUGAAGGCCAAUAUUGAGCGCCUGGAGGAGGAGAAGCAGAAAAUGCUGGAUGAGAUUGAAGAGUUGACACUGCGGCUCAGUGAAGAGCAAGAGAAUAAGAGAAAGAUGGGAGACAGGUUGAGCCAUGAGCGUCACCAAUUCCAGAGGGACAAGGAGGCCACCCAGGAGCUGAUUGAGGACCUCCGCAAGCAGCUGGAACACGUGCAGCUCCUCAGGCUGGAGGCCGAGCAGCGAAGGGGCCGCAGCAGUAGCAGCCUGGGCCUACAGGAGUACAAUAGCCGCGCAAGGGAGAACGAGCUGGAGCAGGAGGUCCGCAGGCUCAAGCAGGACAACCGUAACUUGAAGGAGCAGAAUGAUGAGCUGAAUGGGCAGAUCAUCACCCUCAGCAUCCAGGGUGCCAAGAGCCUCUUCUCCACUGCCUUCUCUGAGUCCCUGGCUGCAGAGAUCAGUUCUGUCUCCCGUGACGAGCUCAUGGAAGCAAUCCAGAAGCAGGAGGAAAUCAACUUCCGCCUGCAGGACUACAUCGACAGGAUCAUCGUGGCCAUUCUAGAGACCAACCCAUCCAUCUUGGAAGUCAAGUAGGGCCGCCUAGCCCAGGCUGAGCUGGUUCCAGGCUCCAGCACCCCACAGCAGCUCUUUCUCACCACAAGGAGCCAUGACCAGCAGCAGGUCUCACAGUUGACCAAGCCCAGAGUGUUCAGGGUCUUCUUGCAGCUGGGCUGGGUGAAUGAAGAUUGGGUGCUACAGAGGACAGUGAGAAGGGAGGAAAAGGAGUCCACAGCAGGCAAGCAGUGAAACUGUGCUCUCUGACCUUCAAGGAGCCAGGGUCUCCUGCCCACGUCAGUCUAGCCAACAACACUAUGUCUGGUUCAGCAACGAUGGAAUUUUGAGCCUGUGUGCAGAUACAUAGGGACAGUCUCAGGCUGGAGUGAGCCCAGCUAACUCUAUAACAGACCCUUAUUCCUGUCAUGUAGCCUGUUGGAAAGAGAGGGAGAAAAUAAGUCCACACAAGGCUGUAGCCACUCAUGCAAGUGUUGACCUGGUGCCUGCUACCCAUGACCACUCCCCAAAGCCCAAGACCCUCAAGCAGAACAUGGCAGUACAAGGACAGGCAGCUGCAGCUGGUACAUUGGGGUCUGGCCAGGAGCCACAGGCCACCUGUUUUCACUGUGCUGCUUAGGCAGUCACAUGGGCUUCAGUUUAGUUUUGGACCCAGGGCUUCUAAGCCACAAAGCUAUUCUUAUGGCUUAAUCCUCAUUGCAAGUAACCCUUGGGCUCUGGCCCUCCUGUAAGGCCUGGUCCAAGACAUUGACUAUGAAACUCACUCCCUGGAUUGGUGGACACUGCUGGCCUCUCUGACCCCAGGCGCCGGUGCUGCUUCUCCUCAGGUGUGGCCUCCCCUGGCACCUGGGCCCACACCCUCCUCAGGCAGACAUCACUGUCCUGGGUGAAGUCCACAUUUCCCAGGCCAGAGUCCAGGUUUCUUCUCGGUGUCUGACUAAAUCUCAGAGUGCAUUUUAUAGAUGGGCAGGGAGGGCAGGCUCUGCACAGACUUGGGGGCAGAGGACAACUUGCUGCCCUGUGCUUGCACCAUGUACAGAAUAGCAGCACCUGCAGGCUGCUGGGCCUGGCCCUGAGCCCAAGCACUGGCCCAGAGUUUCUGGGUACACAUGAGUGGUCUGAGACCAUGUUACAGACUGUCCACUGCGCGCGCGUGUGCCCGUGCAUGAGUGUGCACACAAGUGUGAGUGUAUGCGUGCUUGUGCCCACACAUGCUGCCCUGUGUCCCUCCACUACCCACCCUUCCCCUUGCCCACCUUCUACACUACAGUUUAAGAUGUUGCCUCGUAUUGUACAUUUUAGGGAAAGCCUUGGGUGUAAAUCAGUGUAAUCUUGGAGGAGAGAUUUUUCUAUCAUGUAGAGUAGGUAUUUUUUAUAGAUUGAAGGUUGAUCAAUUUUUUAAUACUUUGCAGAGAGAAAACUAUCUGUAUACACAUGAAAUAUAUAUAUAUACAUAUAUAUAUAUAAUGUAUAAUAUAUCAAUACUGGAGCCCUGCCUUUCUGUGCCCAGGUCCCAGCCCUGUGACAUGGGCUUAUGGCCUGUCCCUGCUGGCUGCCCCGCAGUGCUGACUGUAAACACAGGUCUCCAGGAGACACUGGGGAACAUGCCGAUCACCACCUCGCUCAUGGCGCCUGCUUCAGCUGAGAAGUGGCUCUUCCUCCAGGGCAUGGGAGGAUGGGAGCCAGCAGGUCCUGUACUUUUGUGUCAGCUGCCACAAAUUAAAGCUGUUACCACACA